GACCUACGAACAGCGGUGGAGAUCAGGUCUUUCCCGGACUGCGCCGUGAUGCUGCGCUCCCUACCCCGCGUCUUGUCUCGGGCCUGGCACGCCCCACUCCCCCGGGGGUCCCUUCCGACUAGGGGUUGCGCCUCCGAUGGCACAGCCGCGGGGCCCGAGAUCCAAGUGCGCGCCCUGGACGGCCCAGACAAAGGAAUCACGGAGAUCCUGAUGAACAGGCCCCGCGCCCGCAACUCCCUAGGGAAGGUCCUGGUCAGUGAGCUGCUGGAAGCGCUGGCCCGGCUGCGGGAGGACCAGCAGGUACGCGUGCUGCUUUUCAGAAGUGGAGUGAAAGGCGUCUUCUGUGCAGGUGCAGACCUGAAGGAGCGGGAGCAGAUGAGCGAGGCAGAGGUGGGGAUCUUUGUGCAGCGGCUGCGAGGAAUGAUGGAUGAGAUCGCAGCCUUCCCAGCACCCACCAUUGCGGCUAUGGAUGGCUUUGCCUUGGGCGGUGGCCUGGAGCUGGCACUAGCCUGUGACCUGCGAGUGGCAGCAUCCACGGCUGUCAUGGGGCUGAUCGAGACCACCCGAGGGCUCCUCCCAGGAGCAGGAGGCACUCAGAGGCUGCCCCGCUGCCUGGGUGUAGCCUUGGCCAAGGAGCUCAUCUUCACCGGCCGACGGCUGUCUGGGGUCCAGGCCCACCAGCUGGGGCUGGUGAACCACGCUGUGGACCAGAACGAGGAGGGUGACGCGGCCUACCACCGAGCCUGCGCACUGGCCCGGGAGAUCCUGCCCCAGGCCCCCAUCGCUGUGCGGCUGGGCAAAAUUGCCAUUAACCGAGGAAUGGAGGUGGACAUCGCAUCUGGGAUGGCCAUUGAAGGCAUCUGCUAUGCCCAGAAUAUCCCGACGAAGGACCGGCUGGAGGGCAUGGCAGCCUUUCGAGAGAAGCGGCCUCCCAGGUUUGUUGGCAAGUGACCCCACCAAAGCUUCAGCACGACGCUGUGUGCCUUCUGGAGCAGGACCACCACUUCAACUCAAGGACAGCAAUGGGCCCACAUCAAGGUGCUGACCACACCGCCGAGCUGUGCCUUCCUCACUGCUCGCCCAGCUCCCUCCUGUGGUUUUGAGUGUUGGCUCCCAGGUGCCAACCUCAGCUGUCAGGGUCUCACCAGCCCCGUUUCUUUCUCUGGAUGACACUGAUAGUAAAAUAAAGCACAGUGUUCUGCAUGUGAGGAAUCACACUUCAGAGCCACCCAGCUGCCCUGUAACCGUGGACUAACUGUUCAACCUCUGGGGCCUCAG